AUGGCGCUGUCUUCCGCAGCACGUCCAUGUUCCUCGCUCUCUAACUUUCAACAACGUUCCACAUUUCGACUGUACCCAUUUCUCUCUUCUUCUUUGAAACCAAGACCGUGUAACAGUCGUCCCCAAGUUCGUGCCAUAGCAACUUUUGAAUCCGGCAAUGGCUCUGUCACCGUGACCUCGGAUAAGCCGGAGAGCACUUCAUAUGGAAGACAGUACUUCCCGUUAGCUGCUGUUGUUGGACAGUUUGUAUACUCUUGUAUUGAAGUGGGUUUUUAUUGGGAGGGGUUGUUUCUUGGGGAUGCCAUAAAAACUGCUCUUUUACUUGGGGCUAUUGACCGUGAGAUAGGAGGAAUUGCAAUCUCUGGAAAGCGAGGAACAGCCAAAACUGUAAUGGCACGUGGAUUACAUGCGAUUUUGCCACCUAUUGAAGUAGUUGUGGGUUCUAUAGCAAAUGCUGAUCCAGGCUUCCCUGAAGAGUGGGAAGAUGGACUUGGUGAUAAGGUAGAGUACACCUCUGCUGGUAAUGUCAAGACACAAGUUGUCAGAUCCCCUUUUGUCCAGAUUCCACUUGGUAUCACGGAAGACAGAUUAAUUGGCUCAGUUGAUGUCGAGGAGUCCGUGAAAUCUGGAACAACGGUUUUUCAGCCUGGCCUUCUUGCUGAAGCUCAUAGAGGGGUCCUAUAUAUUGAUGAGAUUAAUCUUUUGGAUGAAGGUAUCAGUAAUUUGCUCCUGAAUGUGAUGACUGAGGGAGUUAAUAUCGUGGAAAGAGAGGGGAUCAGCUUUAGGCACCCAUGCAAACCUCUAUUAAUCGCAACUUAUAAUCCAGAAGAGGGUGCUGUUCGCGAACAUUUACUGGACCGAAUUGCGAUAAAUUUGAGUGCAGAUCUUCCAAUGAGUUUUGAAGAUCGUGUUGCAGCUGUCGGAAUUGCAACACAGUUUCAGGAACGUAGCAAUGAAGUUUUCAAAAUGGUAGCAGAAGCAGAAGACUCUGCAAAGACACAGAUUAUUUUGGCUAGAGAGUACUUGAAGGAUGUCAGUAUCAGCAGAGAGCAACUAAAAUACUUGGUUAUGGAAGCACUCCGAGGUGGUUGUCAGGGACACAGAUCUGAGCUGUAUGCUGCCCGUGUUGCCAGAUGCUUAGCUGCUUUUGAAGGACGUGAGAGAGUCAAUGUGGAUGACCUGAAGAAAGCUGUGGAAUUGGUCAUUCUUCCUCGUUCAAUCAUCAAUGAGAACCCACCUGAAAAGCAGAAUCAGCAGCCUCCACCUCCGCCUCCGCAAAAUCAAGAUUCCGCUGAGCAGGAGAACGAAGAGGAAGAUCAAGAGGAUGACAAUGACGAAGAGAAUGAACAGCAACAGGAACAGAUACCUGAAGAAUUUAUCUUUGAUGCAGAAGGCGGUUUGGUGGAUGAGAAACUUCUCUUCUUUGCUCAACAAGCACAGAGACGCCGAGGUAAAGCUGGGAGGGCAAAGAAUGUUAUAUUUUCUGAGGAUAGAGGCCGAUAUAUUAAGCCAAUGCUUCCAAAGGGUCCUGUAAAGAGAUUAGCUGUUGAUGCAACUCUUAGAGUAGCUGCACCAUACCAGAAGUUGCGGAGGGAGAGGGAUAUUCAAAAGACUAGAAAAGUUUUUGUUGAGAAAACUGACAUGAGAGUUAAAAGAAUGGCUCGAAAAGCAGGAGCCCUGGUAAUAUUUGUGGUUGACGCAAGUGGGAGCAUGGCAUUGAACCGAAUGCAGAAUGCAAAAGGUGCAGCACUUAAAUUACUAGCUGAGAGUUACACUAGUAGAGAUCAGAAUGCAAAAGGUGCAGCACUUAAAUUACUAGCUGAGAGUUACACUAGUAGAGAUCAGUCCAAUCAAUUUGAAGAUGGAUGUACAAUUUGUAGUGUUAGACAACUGAGUGGGACUGUCUUCACAAUGGUAAGAGUUGUUGACGCCCAAACGAUGUUGUCAUCUCCAGUUUAUUCUGAUGGUAGGCUAGAGGAAGAUGACAAUUCAAUAGCUCGUUGGUAA